AUGCCUGUUUCUACUGUGGAGAUAAGGGCGUCCAAGGAGGUUAAACCUUUGAAACCUAUUCAACCUACUCAAUUAUGGGGAUUUGACAAUGCCCUAUCAUUAUUGAAAUCAUACCAGGAUCCAUAUAUCCUUGAUGCAUUAGACGAAUUUCUACUUAUCAACAGCAAGUUAUUGUUGAAUCCUUUACCAUUCAAGCGUGUGUCAAAAAUUUCUAUUAAGGAUGCUAAAGAAUUAUCGUUGCGUAAUAUAUUAUAUUCAGACAUAACAUCAAAUAAUAUCAAAGAUGCCGAAACCAUAAGUAAUAUUUUGAAUUUAGACUACAAUGACGUUUUAAGAGUAGUGAGUCAAACUUGCAAACGGAUACCUGAAAGAAAGAUUUACAAUUAUGAUAAAUUAAAAUCCAAAUUGCCAGAUGAUAGAGAAAAGUAUCUAGAAGAAGAAAGAAUUUUGUUAUAUUCCAGUAGAGUAUUAAGAGAAAGAAGAGUGGUUCUUCGCUUGGUAAUUGAAUUGUUAAAUAAUAAAUCCAAUUCAGAGACUUCAUCCACCAUUCAAAAUUUGGGAAAGGAAAUAUACCUUUCACAAACUUACACCAACGACUUAAUUAAUAGUUUGGAAGAGUUAAUCAAAUCAGUGACUAGUAGAUCAUUUAUUACUGGGUUUUCAGAUGCAUUAGAUGAGAUAAUAAAUACGGAGAACCUUCUUCUAAUUAUUGAUCAAAUGAAAAUAUUAACAGAAUUGCUUGUUCAAAAUCCAAACAUACAUCCAGAUACGACUAACAAUUGGUUUAGAUUUAUGGGUUCAAAUAACUUUAUUCAGUCUUUGGGUCCAUAUGUUUCCCAUAAUGAAUCAUUCAUGUUGAUGCAAGCACUUGCUACAGUUAUCUCAAUAUUGUUUUUGGAUUUGGAGAACAACUACGGAUCAGAAAAUGAAUCUGAUAAGUUUAUGAAUAAUGUUGACAUUUUCAAAUCAAUUAAUAACUCAAUAACUAAUCCAUCCAAUUUAAAUUCUGUUGUAAUGUACAGCUGGUCAAUAAUUCUAUUAAGAAAAUCAUUACUUUUAGAAGAAUUCAAAGACCUUCCAUCGUCUGUAGCAUUUACCAAAAAAUUUUCGGUUCAGCAAAUGGAUGAUUCUAUUAAUAACUUGAAUAUGAGAUGUGUUCAAUUGGGUGUAUUUGAGGAGUUGGCAAAGCUUAACAAUUUACUUAAAUUUGAUAAUAUUUAUCCGGCCAUAUUAACGUCUGUUAUAUUGUCUGCUAUGCCAUUAAUUUCAUUCACACCAGAAAUUGCAUCCAGCAUUGAAAGCGUCUUGAAAACGGCGCCAAACAGUGUUCUUGAAAAGUUCUUCGACAGUGAAGCGACCGCGAAUGCAAUAAUUUUGUCGAGAACUAAGUUCCCAGUAUCCUUAACUCCAUACUUGAAGCUUGCAUCAAUUAAUGGUAAUUUUGCUUUUAACGAGUUUGAAGAGUUAAAGUCAUACAUUUCAGUUUUCAAGAAAGAAGAAUUUAAUAACUUAUAUCAAAUAGACGACGAAAAUACUGAAUUGGUUAAAUUGACACAGUGGAUUGAUGUGUAUCCACCAUAUGAGGUAAACAAAAAGUUAUCAUUACUUUUGAAUGUUGGUACGAAGGCAAAAAUUUUACCGUCUGCAAAUGAAGAUGAAGUUUUGGUUACUUUCUUGUACAAAUAUAAUGGCUGGGCGUUUUUAGGACGGGUAUUGCAAAAUGUUUCAAGAGUCUUUGAUAGUUCUGAUCACGAAAAAGUAGAAUUUGUCAUAAACAUAUUAAAUCUCUUAACGAAAGCUGUUUUGGAUAAUAGUUCUGAUGAUGCGCAAACAAUUUUGCAAUACAUGUCAGCUUAUACCGAUGAUUCUGAUAUUGUUGAGGUAAUUUUAAGAUUAUUUGAACAAGCGUUACAUGCCCGUAAAGUCGAUAUUUUAGAAUCAGUUAUUAACUUCUUGACUGCCUCGAUGCCAUUUUUAUCUUUCAGAAUUUGGCCUUAUUUAUCAAAGUCUUCUUUAUUAUCAAAUGGCGGUAAAGAGGGGUUUGCAUCAAUAAUUUUCGGAGCUAUUGAAAUGGUGAAUGGAGAUUAUAAAUUCACAGUAUCUUUGAUAAAAUUAGCAGAUUCGCUAGUACAAAACUGCUUAACCUUACAAGAUGAUUAUCCAGAGAAAUCUAAAAGCACUAUUUUAGACAGGAUUAUCUAUCAUAUGAUUCUUAUAUUUGAAAGUUUUAUCCAUUGCAGAUUUAAUGAGUCUUAUCAAAAAAUGGAAAUUGGUGUUUUAAUUUUAGAUAUUUUAUCAAAUAUUUUAGCAACUGUUCAUGGAAUUGUGAAUGAAACAAAAUCAGCUAAUAGAAUUGCAAAAAUAUUUUCAGAGGCAUCUGCUCGAAUCAUUGAUUCAUUUUUGGUUGCUGGCACAGAAUUUUCGAGAUCUGCAUUACCAAUUUUAUCUAUGAUUGAAUCACUCAGUGCAAAUAUGAGCUUGUAUGAAAUUAGAGACAUAUCAGGAUUCUGGUAUGAUAACUGGAUACGUUGCUCUUUCGCAUUUUCACAGCUUAUAAUAUCUAUUAGGUCUGUGUUGAAUUUACCUCCAUCUGCUUUUGAAAGAUCAUUGUUUACGAAGUUGACACUGUUAGUUAAUACCUAUUCUCAAUAUGAAACUUUGAGGAAGGACAUUUUAGACUUAAUAACAACCUUAACAAAUGGUAAAUGGCUAAAUGAACCAACUCCUUCUUUAUUAUCCCAUUUAGGCCGCGAUCAUGCCCAGGUUUUAUUGCAUUCAUUAGCCUCUGAUUUAGAAAAUUCAUUUGAUGAUUACAAAAUGAAGAUCUCAUUAUAUGACUUUAUUUGCGCCGUUAUGGAUGGUAAUCAAGAAGGUUUGUCAGUAUUGUUUAUUAGUGGAAGAGAUGUAUUUGGUGAUUUUACUAAGUCUUCUAAUACAAACCCUGACGAUCAGAAACCUAUUUCAUUGUUAAGUAUUUUAAAGAAGAACGUCCGGGACAUAAAAUAUUAUCCUAAUUCUGUCAGUCUCCAUUUGGCUGAUGCAAUUUCAUUAGCGUUUAAUUCUUGGACAACUGCGAGAGAGAAUGAUAAUGAUGUGGAGUUUGUUGACGAAUUGAUCCUUAAGAUACAGUCACCUAUUAAUGACUUACCUGGAAAUACAGAAGAAUAUAUUGCUGCGUGUUACGAACUUAAAUUAGUGUCGAAGAUAGCAGAAAUAUUAUCCUCUUUUUUGUUUACUACAAAAAAUGAGGUUUGCAAGAGAAAUAUUGUAAAUCUAUUAACUUCUGAUGAUUUCAUAGCUACUAUGGAAAAGCAGUUUCGGAUCAAUAAUUAUCAACCUACGUUGCACUCCAAUUUACAGGUUGAUUUCGAAAAUUCAUUUUCUGGAUUCGAGUUAUCCCAAUUCACCUGUUCUUUAUUAAAGAGGAAUAGAUUUGGAGUUUCUACGGUUUACAGCUUGGUUUUGAUGGAUAGACUUUUUAAUAAUUCACCAGCCUGGGAUCAAAUACGAGAGCAAGUCGUUGCUUCAAGUAUUAAUUUACAGUACUUGAGCGCUCAAGCCUCGGUUGCUAAAUCAUUUGGUGCGUUGCUCACAGCUUUUUGCAGAAGAUUUCCUUCAUCAUUGAAUACAAAAUUCUUGAACUUGGUAUCACAAUUAUUGAGAAUAAACGUUUCGGAGGGUGUCCCAGCAGAGUUCUUUGCAGAUGUGUUUCAAGGACGUAUUGAAUUGGCCUUCUUUAUUGAAUACACUAUAUAUACUACCCCCGAAAUCAAAAAGGAUUCAAAGAUAGCCCUCGAAAUUAUAAAGGGUUGUUCAGAAUUAUUAUCUGCCUCAAGUAUGAAUUUCCUCAAAAAUUUGAAUGAAGAUUCAGGUAAUUAUAGACCUUUGCUUCGUAUCUUAUAUUGCUCUUUGAACAUAGUGAAGGAUGACUCUGGCAUGUUAAUUGAGUAUUUGAGUAUAUUCCGAGACCUAUUUGAGCUCAUUAUCACUAAGGCCACUAAAAACUUAUUCAUUGAAAUUCAAAAUGAUGUUUAUUUAUCGCGUACUGAAAAGGGCCAUGUCUCAAAUAAGAUGAAUGGAAGAUUGGACGACCUAAUGUUGAUCUUGUCAAUCUUGAAAGUUUUUGUGAAUAUGAAAUCAUCUCCUAGUUUAAAUUAUGAAAUGGCUUCAUUGAUUGAUAAUAAUGGUACCAUAAAAGCUCUAUUGAAUCUUUACUUAUUGUCUCAUUUGAUAGAGGUUAAUGACGAACACAUUUUUGCUCAAUUAAGUUUAAUGUUUAUUCAAGAAUUAAUGACCAUCGAAGUCAUGGCAGAAAAAUUAAUCUCAUCUGGAAUGUUCUUGGUGAUAGUGCAGAGUAAAAUAUCCAGUCCUAUUCAAGCUGGUGGCAUCAAUUCUCUGACAUCACCUCAUUACCACAGAAUUUGGACUAAUGGGAUUUUACCAAUAUUCUUAACUGCAUUAUCUAGGCUUGGGCCAAGCAUUAUUCCGGAAGUAAGCUUGGCACUUCAAGCAUUUGGCAAGCAAAUCGAGUCUUGUAUCGAGAGUUGGUCAAAGGACUCAUCCAUGAUAAGAAUUACAUCUUCCAUGAUAUCUGAAACUAGUCAAAUUUUGCUAUUAUUCAAAAUCUUACAAUCAUUAAAUAUUAAUGAAUACUUAAAUCAAGCAGAUAUUGGAAAUGCUGAAACUAUAUCUGAUGCUAUUGAUAUGCAAAUAUUACCAGGUUUAGAAACUGAAUCUAAGCGUGAUGAUUUUGUAGAAUGUAUCAAUAAUUUGUUAAAACACCCAAAGUUCUUAUCCUCAAGAAUACUUCCAUGUUCACCAGAGGAGCAAAGAAUGGUAGAAAAAGGGGAUGUUGCUUAUAGAAAAUUUAUUAAUAAUUCAAUCGAAGAAAUCCGUGAGUUAAAAGAUUUCAUCAAUCAUUAA